GGUGUUUGUCCGGUCGCCUAGAUGCACGUCCAUGACCAUUGAUAUCAUCAGCAGAAAGGAGUGAACAUCAUAGUGGGACAGACGGUACCAUCCUGGUCUGGAUUGCUUGUCUCUACACCACCUUACCAUCAUGGGUGAGACGGAGAAACAGCCCGAACAACCCAAGGCUAUCCAGCAGAAGAUGGUCAUCGCUAACAAAGUGACCGGAACUGUGAAAUGGUUCAAUGUCAAGAGUGGCUACGGUUUCAUUAAUAGAAACGAUACCAAGGAAGAUGUGUUCGUCCAUCAGUCGGCCAUCAUCAAGAACAACCCGAGAAAGGCUGUACGUAGUGUGGGAGAUGGUGAGGUCGUCGAGUUUGACGUUGUUAUCGGCGAGAAGGGUCACGAGGCAGCCAAUGUCACUGGCCCAGCAGGUGAAGCAGUAAAAGGUUCACCCUAUGCCGCGGACAGGCGUCGCGGAUAUCGUGGUAUUCACUGGGUAUAUCCUAGACGUGGCAAUGGUCGACCGCAGAAUCGUAGAUCACGUGAAGGCCAAGAGGGUUACGAACAAGGAGAAGGAAAGGUCGGCGAUGACGCAAACGCCGAGGGAGGCGGCCAGCCACAGCAGCAACAGCGUCGCUAUAGGCUGCGUCGUCAUUAUGAUGGUUAUUACCGCGGAGGACGGCGUUCCGGGCCCAAUCCAUCACAACAGCAAGGAGAUGCUGGCGAAGGUGGUGAGCAAGCGGAAGGAACCGGCGGCGAAGGUGGAGCCCCGCCACGCGGUGGUGGUCGUGGACGCGGUGGUCCAUCACGACGUUACUUCCGCCGCAAUUUCCGCGGAGGAAGAGGUGGUGGUCCGCCACGACGUCCUCGCAGUCAGGAUGGCCAGGUGACCGAUGACGAGGCUGUUGGCGAGAGCGCACAACUCAGUAAUUCGCGGAGAAAUCCACAACCACGUUACAGACGACGAUUAGUACGACGACCUCGUGCGACGUCGAGCCAACAGACGAACACUAUAGAGAGCUUGUCAUCUGCGGAGACAAAACGCAAAUCCUCCAAUUCCGCUUCCUCUCCCGUUACGUUUCUUCAAACACAGGUUACCGAUAUCCCUUCCGAAUCCUGCGAUAAAUCCCCAAAGUCGGAGCAGAAGUCUGAUGCACCUAAAGAUUCGGAUGCACCUGCCGCUGCCCCUGCUCCACAGGAGAGCCAGCCGGUGCAGAACACCACCACCGAAAGCACCGUCUAACCGAGACAGAGUAACGCGCUAUUACCGCAGGACACUCCUUUUUAACAUAUAACACCAACACCCGUUAUACGCUGCUACAUCGACAACAAAACAACAAAAAAAAAAUCCAAAAAAAUAUAACAAAAAAAUGAAAUCAACAAACACUACUCCACACUCUCUCCACGAAAGCAAAUUAAAAUUAAGAUACGUAUGAAAAUUGAGAAGCGUACAGCUGUGCUUGACGGUUUUUUUUUUUUUUUUUUAA